AUGGUAUCUAAAUCCAAACUGAAACCUGCACAUAAGAAGUCUCAACGUUGGACACAUAGCCUUAAACAUAGACUGAGGCCGUUUAUCAAAGGUUCUGGUAAAGUCAAAUUACAAUUGGCAAUCAUCUUCUCCUCUUUCGUCUUCAUUGUAUAUCUAUUAAAUCUUUUCUUUGGGUAUUCAUCUUCCACAAACUAUGCAAAUUACCCAAAAUCACAUGGCAUAUACUUGAAUGAGAUUGCAUCCUCAACACCCUUGAUUUACCCUUACAUAGAACACACAGCAGUCCUGAAGGAAUUGGGUCUUAAUGGUCUUUUCAUCUUCAGGCAGUAUUCAGAUGAUAAACAAGGAUUUGCCAUUAAGGCAGAUGAUAAACCGCUUACAUCAGAUGAAAUAAAAAAGACCACUGACCAAGUCCUCUUGGUGAAAAGAUCAUUCUUAGAUCAUGGUAAGCUUGUUUACCAUAGAGAUGGGCCCAGGUUUGUAAUUUUAACCAUCAUUGAUUUUGAGAAAUAUAACGCCGAAACGCUUGUGAAAAUAGUUCAAAAUAGAGUUGAUUAUGCUCAAAGACAUGGUUAUGGGGUACAUAUCCGUUGGCUACAAGAAUUUAUUCCUCUUAUGGAAUUCCAAAAUCCAGAAUCUGAUCGUGAAUAUAUUAAACCAAUGGCUAUCAGAGCAACAAUGCAUGCUUUCCCUAACGCAGAUUAUAUCUUCUUCAUGGAACAAGAAUCUUUGAUCAUGGAAAUGGGGUUUUCUUUAGAGAAACAUAUCUUUGAUGAAAAACUAUUGGACGUAGCAAUUCAAAAAAGAUUGCCAAUCACACCAGGUUCACAUAUUCUGACCCAUUCAAACACAGCACCACAAGCUAUAAGUUUAAUGUUCCCUAGAAGUCAAGAGAGUGGUGUCAUGACAAAUUGUAUGUUAAUAAGAAACGAUGAUUUUUCCAAAUCCUUUAUUGAAUAUUUAGAUGAUCCUUUAAUUAGAGAUUAUAAUUGGGAUAAAUUUAGUUCAUCUAUAUCACAUGCAUUCCAAUGGCACCCUAUUUUCUUGAGCAAAUCUGCUAUCGUAAUGCCUAAAUUGUUCGCAAGUGUCUAUAACCCUUCCAAGGAUGUUAAUAAGCCAUUAGAUGGUGACAUUUAUUCCUACUCUGCAGGAGAUUUCGUAGUCUCUUUUACAGGCUGUCAACAGAGAUCAUCUUGUGUCGAAGACAUCAAUACUUUCUAUUCCAUGGUUCAGCGGGCUUGA